GUCAUGUUAAUCUGACCCCUCACCACUCACUGUUCUUUCUCUCUCUUCCAAAGCUCCUCUUUUCCCUUUCUGCUCUCUCUCGCUCUAACCUCCCACAGCUCGACCACUGCCAGUUUCCAUGGCGACCGAAGAACUCAACAAGCCUCCUUCUCUUCCUCCUUACCCACAGAUGAUAAUGGAAGCUCUGGAUGCACUGAAGCAAGCCGAGGGUGCCAACAAGUCCUCCAUCUCCAAAUUCAUGGAGUCCAAAUACGGCGAAAUGCCCGCCGGCCACGCCGAUCUGCUGUCGCACCACCUCGUCCGAAUGAAGGACUCCGGCGACCUUCUCUUCAUCAAGAACAACUACCUCAAGCCCGGCCCGGAGGCCCCCCUCAAGCGCGGCCGCGGCCGACCCCCCAAGCCCAAGGACCCCCUCCCCCCGGGGGCCAUCCCACCCGCUCCCCGUCCCCGUGGGAGGCCGAGGAAGGACCCCAAUUCGGAGCCCGCCCCCAAGAAGGUUAAGCCGGCGCCGAGCUUGUCCAAGAGCGGGCGGCCGAGGGGGCGGCCGAGGAAGGUGAGCGUGCAGCCGCUGCAGAACGGAGUCGAGGCGUGAUAGAGGGAGGGGUAUGUGUGUGUGUGUGCGCUUAUAUACUUACAUACAUACAUAUAUAUGUGUGUGUGUAUUGAUGCUCUCUUUCAUUCAACUCUUUAGAGAUGAUUCUGAUUGUGAUGAUGUCAUGUUUGUGUGUUUUAAUUUUCUUUAGGUGGUUUCAAAUUUGGAUUCUUAGAUCUUUAGUGUGUUUGUUUGUUUGUCUGAUGUAAUUAAAUUUGGGAAGUACACAUUGUUGUUUAGUGAGCUCUUAAGUUGUGGGUUUUGCUCUCAAGGCUCUUUCCUGAGGUGUAGUAUUUUAUUUUUCUUUUUUAGGUUAAAUGAGGUU